GGGAAGGCAAGAAAAAUCAUCAACUUUCCAAAAAACUCGAGAGCCAAAAGACUAAAAACCGCGACUGUGUAAUCGAGCGAAGAAAGUAAAAAUUUCUCUCGUAAUUUAGAAAUUGCAUCAAGUUCCAAUUUUGAGAUAUGAGCCCAAGAUCGAUGAAUAAAACACGCCGGGUUUCCCCAUCUCCUCUUUCAAGUUACGAGGAAGUGGUGGCUGAUAAGGAUCUCUUCAUGUCUACGUUGAAGACGUUACACUCUGAAAUGGGCACAAAAUUUUGGAUUCCCAAAGUACGAUUUGAGGAUUUAGACUUGCAUAAGCUUUUUGUUGAGGUUACUUCUCGUGGUGGAAUCGAACAGACAGUUAGAGAAGAGAAAUGGAAGGAUGUAUUUGAUACGUUUAGCUUCCCCAAAUCACAACAAAACCCGAUUUUUACAAAGAUCUUGCGCGGACACUACUACUCGCUACUUCGUGAUUACGAGAUCGCCUAUCUCUUCAAAUCUCGUUGCCAGUUUCCUCCAUUGGGAUCAGGGAAGCUGGAAGGAGUUCUGCAUGAGUCUACAGAGACGAGUGUUACUCAAGAUCCAGAGAGACAGAGCUAUGAUGUGUUCCCCAAUAUUUUUACUGAUAAAGCCAAUUCUCAAGGGCUUUUCAACACAAAAGGCACUGCCCAGUGGAAAAGGUUCAAGAAACACCACGAAAACGAGGUCGUCCUUGAUGCUGUGACGCUGCAACAAUGUACUCCAAAGCAGAACACUGAAGCUGGUUCUCCAAUGGAAGAGUCUGAGGAAAAAGAUGAGGUCCAUUAUUCUGACUCCGAAAUGGUACAAGGCUCUUCUCAGGAUGAGAUAGCCAUUCAUAGGGAAGAAGUCGGUGACUUGACGGACACGUCUGAGGUGGCCGAUGAGCAGAGCUAAAACAGUUUUUCUUUUACUGGGCUUGUUGCACAGAGUUAGACAUAUGACAGAGUUUCAGAUAGGUUGCUUCCACCACAAGACAUCCCUAUAGGGUAGUAUAGUAGUGUUUCAACGUUUUUGUAUAGUUUUCUUCGGAUACAAGGCACCUCACGCUGGUUAGAGAAGAGGUUUAUAUAGUUGGCAUAGAAAAACUCAGAAGAGAGAUUCAAAUCCAAGUUUGUUUUGCUCUUUUUGGCGUAUUUUUUGGC